GCCCCUCCGCAGCCAAAUCGCGCUUCUGCGCAGUCGGUGUUAUUGUGACUACCGGGCCGUGGCCCCGGAUGUUGUGGCUGCUGGAGGGGAGAUGGAGGAGGCCGAAGGGGUGGCUGCUGCCCCGGGCGCAGCUUCGGGGGUGGCUUUCAGUGGCCGCCGAGCUACGUCCGGCUCCUGGGAGCGCGACCAGCAAGUUGAGGCGGCGCAGCGGGCCCUGGUGGAGGUGCUGGGGCCCUACGAGCCUCUGCUGAGCCGGGUGCAGGCAGCCCUGGUGUGGGAGCGGCCGGCCAGGAGCGCCCUGUGCUGCCUGGGGCUGAACGCGGCGUUCUGGUUUUUUGCACUGACAUCCCUUCGUUUUGUGUUUUUACUUGCAUUCAGCUUGAUGAUCAUUGUCUGUAUUGAUCAAUGGAAGAACAAAAUUUGGCCUGAGAUAACAGUGCCAAGACCUGACGCAUUAGACAACGAGAGUUGGGGCUUUGUGCACCCUCGUUUGCUCAGCGUCCCCGAGCUCUGCCACCAUGUAGCUGAAGUCUGGGUUAGUGGGACCAUUUUCAUAAGGAAUCUUUUGCUUUUCAAAAAGCAAAACCCAGGCAAGUUCUGCUUGCUGAGCUGUGGGAUACUGACCUUUUUGGCCAUGUUGGGCCGCUACAUCCCUGGGCUCCUGCUGUCCUACUUGAUGCUUGUCAUUGUCAUGAUGUGGCCUCUGGCUGUCUACCACCGGCUGUGGGAUCGAGCCUAUGUGCGACUGAAGCCAGCUCUGCAGCGGCUGGACUUCAGUGUCCGUGGCUACAUGAUGUCCAAGCAGAGAGAAAGACAAUUACGCCGCAGAGCUCUACACCCAGAACGUGCCCUGGACAACCACAGUGACAGUGAAGAGGAGCUUGCUGCAUUCUGUCCUCAGCUGGAUGAUUCUGCUGUGGCCAGGGAAUUGGCUAUCACAGAUUCGGAGCACUCUGAUGCUGAGGUCUCCUGUACAGACAACGGCACAUUUAACCUGUCAAGGGGCCAGACACCUCUCACAGAAGGCUCGGAAGACCUAGAUGGUCACAGUGAUCCUGAGGAGUCAUUUGCCAGAGACCUUCCAGACUUCCCUUCCAUUAAUGUGGAUCCUGCUGGCCUGGAUGAUGAAGACGACACCAGCAUUGGGAUGCCCAGCGUGAUGUACCGCCCCCCACCAGGGGCUGGGGAUACCCAGGUCCUGCCUGCUAGUCGGGAUGAGGCUGCACUGCCAGAGCUCCUGCUUGGGUCCCUUCCUGGAGGAUCUAACCUUACCAGCAACCUUGCCAGCCUGGUCUCCCAGGGCAUGAUCCAGCUGGCCUUGUCAGGGGCCUCCCAGACAGACCCUUCUGGCCCACCUCCCCGAAGAACAACAAGAGGCCUCCUCCGGGCUCCUAGUUCAGACCUUGACACUGAUGCUGAGGGAGAUGAUUUUGAACUUCUGGACCAAUCAGAGCUGAAUCAGCUAGACCCUGCCAGUUCCAGGAGCCACUGAGAGGAGACUCCUUUGAGGGGGUCACUGUGAUGUAGGGUUUUUUUCUCCCCACCCCAUUUACUGUGAUGGGGCAAGGGAAGAACCCGGUCUUGUCCCCUGAAUUUUAUCUGUGUGCUGUGUGGCCUGGCUGAUGCAGAGGCCUGCUGAGAGGACAUACUCAUCACCUUGCUGCCAGCUAGACAUUUCUGUGCUUAGUCACUGAAGUGAGCACAUGCUGCCCCGAGGGAGACAUCUCUCCACAGGGCGGUACUGCAGGCAAGAAAGGAGGAAUAGUGGUUCCCCUUGGGGAAUUAACAUUGAGGUGGUAGUGCUGGUUGUUUUUAGGUCUGGGUGCUCAGGGGCCUUCACUGAUGUAAGAGCCCAUCUCUUCUCCUCACCUCACGGGAGCCACAGAAGUCAGGCAGCAGCUACAAGAGUUUCCAUUUUUGUCUUUUACCAUGAUUUGACUUGUGUUCUCAAAGCAAGUUUGUCCUUUGGUUCUGCAGAGCAGGCCCACUUCCUGUCCCUGAGCCCAUCUUCAUUUCUCGAUGACUGACCCUCAACACUGCAGAGUGCUUGCAGAACGUAAGAAAUGUGAAUGUGACGUGGGCUGAGCCUCUGUGUCACCUUGAGCUGUAGGAUCAGCUGGUGACAGGGUUGGUGAGUGCCUCUCUGUCCUGAGGUCUCAUGGAAUCUUUUGGAGCUGUGUGGUUGUCUUUGGUGCUGUUAACCCCUGGCUCCAUUUGACCAUCCAUCUGAGCAGCGAGCAAAGCAAUAUCAUAUCCAUUUUUAUGUACUAGUUCCUCCCUUGCUCCUCCUCCGGAGAAGCAAUAAUUCCGCAAGGGGUAGGUGGCAAAGUAGCACUUUACAAAUGGCUGUGGCAUUCAUCCGAGGAGCCAGCAGCUCUUCCAUACUGCUUCCUAACUCCUUUGAGGGUGAGCCCUCAAAGUAAGGAUGUGUUGGUAACCAGCAGACACUGCUCUGAAGGGUGUGUGUUAGCAGUCCCUGGUCAAAUCAUGUGAAACAAAGCCCUGUAAAUGAUCAUUGGUUCUAAACCUU